AUGAGUAGUAAGCCACCACCUCCAAAGCAACAACAACAAUCACCUCCUGUCUAUGUACCAAAGGUUAAUAAACAGGCAGAGCCAUCAUCAACAACAUCAACCUCAACAACGUCUACAACAUCAACAUCGACAACAUCAACUACUACUUCACAACCUGCUAUAACAUCAACGACACCAGUUCAAAAUGGAGAUGUAGCAUCAGGAUCAUCAACUACUUCUACAACUUCAACAUCAUCUACAUCGGCAACACCAGCAGCAACAGCGACAACAAAGAAAGAGAAGAAGCCACAACCACCAAGAGAACAUAGAGAGCGACCAAAGAAACCACAACAACCUGAUCAACAACCACAACAACAGCAACCUGAAGCUGCUGUUGGAGGUGCUGGAGGACCACCCGAACAACCUGUUGCAAAGGGUGCAGCCCAAUCCAAACCAGCAGCAAGACAACCAAAAGCUCCAAGAGAGCCAAGACAGCCAAAGGAACAGAAGGAUGCUGUGCAGAAGAAAGAUGGCGAACAGAAGCAACCCCCAGCUCCAAAGGAGCCCAGACAGCCUCGCGAGCCAAAGGAUCAACCCGCAGGUUCCAAAGAGCCAAAGGGUGCUCCAAGGGAGCCGCGACCUCCCAAGGAACCAAGGGCCAAGGCUCCUCCAAAGCAGCCUGCAGCAGCUGCUGCCGGUGGUGCACCACAACAACCUGCAGGCGGUGCCAACAAGGGUGUCAAUCAACCAAAGCAAGGAGGCGGCAAGACCCCCAACACUGGCAAGGGAGGAGCAGCAACAGGUACAGCCGGUGGAAAGAAAGCAGCACCUGCUCAAGCAAAGAAUCCAAAGGAAGAGCAAGAGAGGAGAGAACAAGAGGCCAAGCGAAAGGAAGAGGAACAGCGUAUUGCUGCCGAGCGACUUAAAGAAGAGGAGCGUAAGAAGGAAGAAGAGCGUCUGGAAGCACUGCGCAGAGAGGAAGAAGAAAGACGAUUGGAACAAGAGCGUCUGGAGAAGGAGAGACUUGUACAAGAGCAACAAGCACGCGAACGACUUGCCAAGCUCAAGGAGGAACUAUUGGUAUUGUCACAGCUUCGAGCAAACAACACAAAGGCCAAUGCCAAGAGUCGCGCUGCUGCGGAAGAGGAACUACACAAUCUGGACUCGGGCUUUAAGCGCAUCACAAACUUCCUCAAGAAGCUCAAGUCCAUCUCGGACGUGGACCACAAGGAGAACCUGUUGACAGAGAUACAGCAGCUCAAUCUAUCAAAGUACACAACAGAGAUCAUCCCGUCAAUUGUCAAGUCAUCGUUCAAGAACAAUGACGUACCAAUCAUCGUCAGGCUUCUUUGCGUGCUGCAUCAGCGCUAUGAUGGAAUCGACUCGGCUGCCACUGAGUCGCUAUUCCAACUCUUUGAGCCACUGCCCAUCAUGCCCUCCGAGUCAGAGGCUGAGCGCAACGCCAAGAUCACCAAGCGCAGGAAUGCCAUUCGCCUCAUUGUCGAGCUGUAUUGCGUGGAUAUCCUACAUGGAUACGCUCCCAUUUCCAAGUUGAUCAACAAGAUGAUUACUGGCAGCUCAUAUGAACCCGAGCGCGAUUGUGGAUAUCCCGUGAUGCACAUCUUUAUCAGCUUCUUGCGAGCCUGUGCGCCAUUGAUUGGUUAUUCAAAGGACAAGUGCCCAGAUCUUCCAGACUUUUACAACAACAUCUUGACGACUGAGGAGCAGACAUCGACAAGGGAGUUGGCCGAGACGUAUUACAAGACUGCCAUUGACUACUUGCAGCGCGAACAACAGACACUUCGAGAGAAGGAGAAGGAGAUCAAGAGUGCAAAGUUGACAAAAGGUGAGGUGUCGGAGCAGAUCGCCUCGUCCUACGAGGCAUUGCGCAAGAACUACGAGAAGCUCACCACUGUCAUCUCGUCGUUUGCCGAGAUCAUUGGCGAGACGGUGCCAAGCAGUGACUACUCCACCAAGAUGGAGACAGAGGCCAAUGAAUCAAAGGAUCAAUUGGAGCUGUUUGACUCGCCCUGGGAGAACGAUGAGCAGCGACACUUUUAUGACAACCUCGUCGCCCUUCCCAUCCCCAAGGCCAAGGUGCAACAACAGCAGGCCGCCACUGCCGCCGCUGCUUCAGGUGGUGACAGUGCCACCACAACCACCACUACAGCCACAUCCCCAUCAACUCCAGUACCAGCCACCACCUCAACACCAACUCCAACCAAGAAACACACAAAGGACCCAGAGGAGAAGGCGGCCAAGGCAAAGGCCAAUCAGAUCUACAAGGAGUGUCUGCAACAGUUGCGCACGGCAACUCUAAAGCCAUCGAUUGUGGACAACAUUGUAUUGGAUUUCGUCAAGAUCAACAUCAAGGCAUCAAAGAAGAAGGACUUUAUCGCCGAUCUCUCACAGUGCAGGGCCGACCAGAUACCCUUCUACUGUCGCUUCAUUGCGUCGCUCAAUCAAUCUGCACAGCACAAGGAGUUUGUGUCCAACAUCUGUCAGUCGGUGGAGGACGAGCUCACUGGACUCAUUGAGAAGAAGGAGCAGGUGCACCUCACCAUUCAGAUCAAGAAUGUCAAGAUCAUUGGAGAGCUCGUCAAGUUUAGAGUGUUGCCCAACCCCGUUGCCUUCAACUACCUCAAACUCUGUUUUGACGACUUUACCCAUCACAACAUCGACAUUGCCUGCACCCUACUCGAAGUGUGUGGCCGCUAUCUCUACAAGUUGCCAGAGACUCAGUUCAGGUUGAAGAACAUGCUGGAUAUAUUGAUCAGGAACAAGAAUGCCAAGGUGAUGGAACCAAGACAUGAGGGAUUGAUUGACAAUGCUUAUCUGUCUUGCCGACCAAUGCAGGUCAAGAAGAAGGUCGUGGAUCCAGUGCGUCAGUUUACAAAGUGGUUGAUCUUUAAGUACUUGUGCGAGGAGACGACUAAGAAGGUGGUGGACAAGCUGCUUCAGUUGCCAUGGCCCCAGUGCCAGCCCUAUCUCAAGAAGUAUCUGCUGGCUGUCCACAAGGGAAAGUUUGGCAACAUCUACCCGGUGGCAGAUAUCCUCUACGCGCUGCGCCGGUACUAUCCCACAUUCGUUCGACAUGUCAUCUGGCAGCUGAUCGAAGACAUCACCAGCGGCUUUGAGCGCAACGACUUUACGCGCAAUCAGAAGCGUAUCAUGGCCGUCACAUUGUUUGGCGAGCUGUACAAUGCCUGUCUGCUCAACUCAUUCCACGUGUUUGCACUGCUCAAGGGUGCACUCGAGUAUGGAUACUCAACCAUGCAUCUUCUCCCCGUCAAUCCCGAUCGCGAGAAGGAAUUCCUCAAGCAGCGCUACAAGCCCAACAUCAAUGACUUUGAUCCAAUCAAUGAUACCUUCCGCAUUCGAUUUAUAUGCAGCCUUAUCCUCGUCUGCAAGGAUUGCUUCUCAGACAAGGACAUUACAAGCCACCUCCAGCCAUACUUGUUGUUCUUGCAACGCUAUGCAUUGACCAAGCAGCUGUCACUAGAGUUGGAGUUUAUGUUGUCAGAGUGCUUGGCAAUCGUUCCAAAGAUCAAGGUGUUCAAGACAUGGGAGGAGGCCAAUGAGGAGUGCUCAAAGAAUGCCUCAAAGCUUCAAUUCCCAACCGAAGAGGAGAUGAUGCAACAACAGCAACAACAACAGAGUGCAGAGAAUGAUAAUGACCUUGCUGUCGGAGGCAUGGGUGGCGGCGCGACCAGCAGUGCAGGUGGCGUUGGUCACACCAGACGCAAGGAUUUGAACAGGCACAACGACGCGGCAAACGAUACACAGAGACAGGAGACCAAUCAUCGCUCAGCCGUGGACAUUAAGAGACGCACUCAGGAGGAGACCGAGGAGGACAUGGCAUUGCUCAUGGAGUUCAAGAGGGCCAUGCAAGAGAGCACAGAGGCAAGAAAGUCUGACAGGCCCAAUGUUGGUAAACUUGUUCUGCCCUCUGUCCAGCUGGCUGCCAAGUCAGUCACAUUCCCUGCCACCUCCCCGCCACUCCUCUCCAAUGAGACCAUACCAUCGACAUCAGGCACAUCACCAUUGCCAUCAACAGUUACAACAGCACCAACUUCACCUCCACCUGUCACACAACAACUAUCACCUCAGCCCACACAGCAGUUGCAAUUGCCACAGAUACCCACUACAACUACAACUACUCAAUCGAAUGGUGGUGGUGAUCAACCAGAGAGAGUACAGUUCAAACUACUACUAAAGAGAGGAAACAAGCCAAUUCAAAAGAACAUUGAGAUAUCGGAAGACUUCUCAUUUGUGGCUCAGAUCAAGCAGGCACAAGAGGAGGAAGAGAGGAAUGUACAGGAGAACAAGAGGAAUGUAUUGAGACUGGCCAGUCAAAACACUUAA